AUGGACAACAGUUCAUUGACAACAGAUAUAUUAAAUACUACCAAACCUGAUGGUAUUAUUGGUAAGAUCGAGAUCGGAAAUGAAGACUCUCCACUCCCGCCUCAUAUGUUCGCACAUACUGUCGAAAGAGAAAUUCAGCAGCUUGAACGCGACAUUCGUCAUCAGAAAGAAUCAAGUGUUAAUGCAAAGACGGCUAUAACGUUUGAACAAUUACGACAAAUUCAUAUAUGGGGGAAUAUCCUCGGUCCUCAGAAAGAACAGUUCUAUGAUCGAAUUUGUAGAGCAGCUGAUAUUCAGCGAGCAUCUCUGAAAAACCGUCUGAAACAGAACAAAGAGAAGUUCGAAUCGACCUCGUUGAGGUCUCCAGGCUUCGAUUCACCGUCCAUAGACUCACAAACGUACAUGACGUCUACGACACUCCAAAAUUUGAUGACGAUGGAUAUUUUCAAGCCAUUAGAAGAGUUAAAACCGCUGGACGAAUCAAUUAAAAGCCUGUUGCCAAGUUCUACCUUUCCAGGCUCCUCAAAGCUAGAAGAGGAUUUCCGGAUACCUGCCGGAAGAAUUCUAGAUUUGCUGCAAUUAGGAUUUUCAUUUCAAGAAGUCACGAAGAUCUCCGAGAUGUUCGGCCAAUAUAAGGAAAUGGUUAAAUCACCGAGUUCCUCUUUACAGCAGUUAUUAUCGAAGUUCUCCAAUUAUAUUUCCACAAACACAACAGAAUCAUCAAAACUCAUAUCAUCAGCCUUUAACUUAUUAGAAAUGGGAUACAGCCGAGAUGAGGUAGCUCGGACAAUAAAGCAAGAGGGAGGCUCUCAAUCACAGAAAGACCGAGCAGAUCUAGACGACGAACCUCCUAUGAAAAUUGCUAGACCAGAGAGGCACUUAUUCGAAACGGACGGUCUUUUCGAUGUGUCGAAUACAGAAUCAUCAAAUAAAAGUCAAGCAGAUAGUGUCUCCAGUGACGAAACAUCGGAUAUUAGGAAUACAAAGUCCUGGGGAUCACCUAUGAUGAGUGAGUCGAGCAAAUAA